AUGGGAAAGGACAAGGUAAAGAAAGACGCAAAUGAGAACACAGUAGAAGACGACAUCCCCAACUUCUACUGUCGCCGCAACCCGACCAUACCCCGUCAAGACCAGCCAAGACCAUACGCUUUUUUGCAACGCAUCCUCAGCGAGCAUCGUGUUCGAACCAAUGAUGACGGAGAUCAAUAUGAAGAGCUCGACAUGCUUGAUGGCAGUCUUCAUAGGACAGGCGACCCCAAUCUCAGCGAUGCAGGCGAGUCAAUGGCAGUCCAAGCAGGAUCAGGCAUCAUUACAGCAGUGCAGAACGGUCUCAGUCUUCGAGGAACGGCAGGCACAUUAGCGGAGACGUCAGCAUCAUCCGAUGCAAGUACUUCUGCAGCCCAAGCUACAACCGAUCCAGCCGAUCUCCUUGGGUCGUCACAGUCUCGUAUCGUAUCCUCCGGAGCUGCUCAAGUAGAAGAGGAGCUUCCUUGGUUUUCACAGUUGUCAUCCUAUCCGCAGUUGAGGUCGGCUGGCAUUCCACUCUUGCCUGACGAUGCUUCCUCCAGCAAGGUAGGUGCUCUCAGUGCAGUAUCUAACAAGAAACGCCCAACUACCUCAGCAUCAAUCGUAUCGGCCUCACUGAGCAGCCUCAAUGGCAGCUCCAGACCAAGUUCAUCUUCUUCUGCUGCGGGAGCAUUUCUCAGCUCGUCAUCAGCUCCACUAUCCCGCGUGACUUCGCCCAAGACAGCCUCUACUUCGACGAUGGAGUUCGCGUUUCAAGGAAGUGGCUCUCCCGCAUCGCUGUCGGAAGCUGUGUCACGCGCUCACAGACCCAAUAGUAGCCUGUUGAUCCCCAUCACGUCGACUUUGUCCUCAACAGGCUCAACAUCCUCCAACGUCAGCACAGGUCGCUCCCCGCCAGAACCGAGAAAUACAAUGUAUGCAACUGCUGGACCAUUAAAGGCACUUCCAAUGUCGGCGAGCACCACCACGAGCAUCGGUACGGCAUCCUCUGCACCCCAUACGAUUCCCUCGACUCUGUCCAAAUUUGCCCUUACAAGCGGCAGCGGCGCGUCGAACAACCCGCCCUCAGAUUUCCAGGAAGACCUUUUGCCUCCUGACAAUUUUGCUAUGGUCAACUCGCAUGUCUAUCGCUCCAGUUUUCCCAAGAAGAAGCAUUUCCCGUUCCUGCGCACCCUCGGCUUACGCUCGGUCCUGACCCUGAUCCUGGAAGAAUAUCCCGAAACCAACUCUACUUUUCUCGAUCAAAACGGUAUCACCUUCUUUCAAUUUGGCAUUCCAGGAAACAAAGAGCCUUUUGUCUCGAUACCCACGGACAAGAUCACUUCCGCUCUGGUGACGAUCCUGGACCGACGCAACCAUCCCAUUCUGAUUCACUGCAACAAAGGAAAGCAUCGAACGGGCUGUCUCAUAGGAUGCUUGCGAAAGCUGCAACAAUGGAGCUUGACUACGAUUUUUGACGAGUAUCGCAGAUUCAGUUGGCCCAAAAGUAGAAGCAUGGAUCAGGAAUUCAUCGAGCUAUACGACGAGAGAGCGGUAUGGAGGGAUAUCGAUGUGAGAUGGUUGCCGAAAUGGACGGUAUUGCCUCUGGCCAGCUUGAACUUGCAUGGUAGCAGGAAGAUCGAAGAUCUAGAGGAUGAGAUCGACGGUGUCAAUGAUAGCGAGCAGGGAGCAGAGGAGAAUCAGGAUCAGAUGACGAUCUGGAGAGGCAUGUAA